AUGUCGACUCCGGCCGCAAACUUGGGAGACUUCCUUCGAGUAUUGAUGGCAGUGCAGGCUGUGCUCCUGACAGUGCGGCUCUUGCCCAAGAAUAAACCGGGGGCCAAUCUGAAAUCACUGGGGGCAUACCGACCGAUCACAUUGCGCGAGACGACCUACAAGGUCCUCAGCAAGGUCUUGGUGGCGCGACUCAAUGGGGUGCUCGGCGAGCUUUUGCCGCCGGCGCAACACAGUUUCAUGCCAUCAAGACGUUCAGCGGACGCGGGAAGUCAUCUCACUCUCCUUCUCGAAAAACUCAAGUCGCUAGGCACUGAUGUUUUCCCCGAGGGCGCCCUCUUGUCUUUGGAUCAGCAGAGCGCGUACGAUCGGGUCGAUCACGCCUGGAUCUUCGAGGUCUUUGAGGCCUUUGGGUUCGGUGAGCGUUUCAUCUUGCUGCUGCGCGCUCUCUACGAUCCCGAGACUCUGGGGGUGCGCUACCUUGUCAAUGGGUUCCCCACGGUGACUCGAAACUGUUUUGGACCCAUGUUCUUGACAGGAUCAAGGCCAAGGCCCGCGCCGCUCAAGACCGGACACUUUCGCCGAGUGGGAAGGUUUUCUAUGCCAACGCUCACAUCAUCUCGGCGGUCCUCCACGUGCUGUCCUUCGACAUACCGCCUCAAUGGUUCAUUAAGGCGGCGGAGACGGCACUUACGGACUUUGUCUGGGGAGGAGCAGGGCGAAAUACCGUCGCUCGCGAUUCCGUGUUCCAGGCUCGGGAGGACGGUGGCUUGGGUUUGAUUUCGAUUGGCGACAUCGUUCAUUCGGUGGCGCUUCGAUUUUGGGAUGCUGUGGCGGGCUCGGACGAGGCGAUCUGGGCGCCCCUAGCUCGCGAGAGCUGGAGGUGCCUCGUCGCUGCGACCCGCGAUUUCAGUCCGUGGGGGUUCUUCAGCAGCACGGCUCGGGUCGAGAAGCUGUAUCGCGACUCGACGCGCUGGGGGGCAGUCGUUGCAGCGGCCAGGGUCACAGUUCCAACCAUCAAGUCCGAACUCCUUACGCUUCCCGAAUUGCUCUCGCUUCCGCCUCGCCUCCCUUCACUCUAUGCUGAAGGUGCCCAGCACGCAUAUGACGAUGCGGACGCGGUGGCGAAGUUUGCGCAGAUCGCGGACCUGUACUGGAGGGACGAAGGGAAGGGAUGGGCUCUGGUUGGUCAUCGACGCGGGUUCUGGCAGCACUCUAAGGAACCCGCCCUACAGCACGAGCACGUGUGGUCGCGCGUGGGUCAGUUGCUCAAGGCGAAAGCGUUGCUGCCCAAGACCGCGUUGCGACCUGCUCGGAUACCUCUCAAGGAGGCUCCCCGUCCUCGGUGCUUCAACUUCUUUGGGCUCUCCCGACCUUUUACGAUUCGCAAGCUUCGUCGGCUUGUGAACAAGGUGCGGUUCCCAGGGAGGGAGGACCGUGUCAAGCGUUUCCCUGAUGGGACUUCUCAGAGCGAUAGGAAGCGCUUCUGGAGAUGGCUUCAUGACCGGUUCGCGUCUGCUGUCGAGCAGGACACCCACUGGCGGCUCAUGUACGACGUGACGCCGACGCGCAAGAGGCAGCAUACUCAGGGUCACGCCUCUUCGCCGACGUGUCUGUUCUGCGGCAACGAUGCAGCGGUCAUCGAGACGGUGUCCCACUACUUUUUCGAGUGCGCGUACUCGACCAGCUUCUGGGGUGGGGUGCUACGCAUUCUGCUUGACAAGCUCGGCAUCGAGGAUACCGACAUCGAUCCGUUGACGUUCACUCCGGAGCAGCUGACUAUGGGGCUCCCCCUUUUGCGGGGUCGUGGGAGAACGACCUUGAAAUGGAUGUGGGUUCGGCUGGCCUGCGCGAUCGGCUUCCAGCGGCUGCACCUGCUCCGCUGGCGCGUUCAUCAGCGGUUCGAGCUGGACAACGUCGUGUGA